AUGCCCAAAGACAGCAUCCUCUUGCUUGGUGGAACAGGCCCCAGUGGGAUUUGUGUCCUGCGCGAGCUCAGCCUUCGCAACCAGAAAGCUGUCGUGUUCGCCCGGAACCCGGCCAAGAUUCCUAGCGAUCUAGCAUCCAAUGCGCUUUUUAAGGUCGUCAAGGGCGAGUUGACCGAUACGGAGGCCCUUUCAACCGCACUUUCGGAAUGUCAUACAGUGAUUUCGCUGAUUGGGCCGGUCCCUGGAGGUAACUCCUCUACCGGAAGAGAAUAUGCCGACAUUUACCGCACAUUGCUGCUCUUGAUGCAGAAGCAAGGUGUGCGUCGCAUCUUUGCCAUGGGGACCAUCUCAAUCUACCAGCCUGAAGACAGCCAGCAUCUCAUUCGAUGGCUGAUUGUAUGGCUUUUACGAACUCUAUUCAACAAAGCCUAUCAGAAUAUAAUCUCCAUUCAUAAUGUAUUCGAACAGGACCGAGAGGCCACUCGCGACAUCGACUGGACAGUGUACCGCCUUGGCAUUAUCCGCGGCAGCGGAGACGAAAUCGCAACGUGGGCGCAAGAUCGCGAGGAUGAGAAAACAUAUGUCGGCGCUGUCGGUGCAGCCGGCUGGAGUAUUGUUCACAAAAGAGCCGCGCUGGCUCGGUGGUUGGUUGAGGCAGCACAAACCGGUGCAACUGAGUGGAUUGGGCGAACACCGGCUGUCAGUAAGCUGGCCGGCAGCAGCUGA